AUGACCAAGCGACGCUGGGAAGCUCGGGGACACAGCACUGCCCAGCAAUCGGGGCAAGUCCACUAUAGAUUGGUCCAGGAGACCGUCUAUGGCCGGACGGCAGUGAGAGAUGAUGAUUCCGAUCGCAGUGACAGAACGGUAUCCUCUCGAAGUGAUGCCUCUAAUCAAAGGUCUAUCUCAGAGGACCUUCAGGGUUUGAGUCUCUUUGCGCAUGUCUCUUCGCAGAUGAUUCCUGGUUGUGUUGCCAGCUUUGAGUAUCAACAUACCGACCCCACUCGUCAGCGAGUGUCACUUGGGCCUUCAUACGUUAUCCCCGCAACUACCGGUGAUCAUGAUACACUGGAUCCACCAAGCCGACCCGCGGAAAUAUUUCAGUUGUGGGAAGGGUUUUUCUGCAUGCUCUGGCAUGAAGACGCCAGACUAAAUGGAAUUGUAUCGAGCCAGAAGCACCCCCUUCCCCCCAACCGCAGAUACAGCACGGGGAAAUACCAAGAGCCCACUUACAGCAGCAUUCGACGCAUAAUCGUAAUCAAGGAGCAGAAGGGCUGUUGCUGGUGCCUGUAUGCCAAUCCCACAGACCCUCUUGAUCGAAUUUCUCUGACUAUUUUCCUUGACAGUCCUAUAACUCCUUAUAGCGGACAAGAUAUUGCCAAGUCCGGGGUAGACCGAAACAGACAUGCAGUGAUAUACAUGCGCGGCACUCGCCCCACGACUAGAGCCAACGAGGCAAGAAUGACCAAGGAUCCGAUCGAGGUUAGAACAGCCAAACAAGAUCAGAAAUUAGAUUCGAUAUCCCGUAUCAAUUUCGGCAAGGUUUAUACUGUUGAGCAUAAUAUCAAGUCGGCCGGAUCGCUGACUCGUCACUACCUCGGUUUGAAGCCUAUGUUCGGAAUGAACUUCUAA